AUGCUCGACUCCUUCGAAAUCAUAACCACCUCUGGUGUGGUCUUGUGGUCAAGGUCGUAUGCGCCUGUGGGGGCCCAGAUUAUCAACAGUUUGAUCAACGAUGUCUUUAUCGAGGAGAAACUCCAGCCCGAGGCUGGCGCGGGUAGCGUGGCUCCAAGAUACAGGAAGGAAAAUUACACCUUGAAGUGGAGGCGGGCAAAAGAUCUUGGUUUGAUCUUCGUGGCAGUCUACCAAUCUUUGCUUCACUUGACCUGGAUUGAUGAACUACUUGAAAAUAUCAAAACUAUUUUUGUGGAAAUGUAUAAAGAACAACUCAAGCGGCCAAAUUUCAGAGUGAUCGAGUACCCAUUUGAUAGAUAUUUCGACCAGCAAGUGAAGGAGCUAGAGUCCGCUGCAGCAACAGCUGUUGAAAAGCGUCCUUCUUUGUUGGUUGAGGAAAAGAAGGAUACGCUAGUUGAUGCGGACAACGGAGGCCCGCCCCCGCCUACCGCCCCUGGUAUCCUUCCCGAGCAGCAUCAUGCUGCACGGGCCAUGGCGAUCUCAAAUGAGAGGUUGCCUUCCCCAAGUCCAGAUGCCUCGAGGCCAGCAACGCCAACCCAUAUCCUCACCGCUAAAACUGGACCGGGUGGUCGCAUCUCCCGUCGCGCACGCAAGGCUGCAAAUGCAAAUGCGAAUAUUUCGUCGGGUGAGGACAAUAUCAAAAAGGCAAAGAGUGCAAAGUCAGGGAGGAAGAAAAUGCGCAAAUGGGACGCGGACGGAUUUGCCGACGAGGAUGACGGCGAAAUUCUGGAUUAUUCAGCUUCCAAUGUAGAUGGUUCUGAAUCGGAAAAUGUGGCUGCCCCCUCGGUGGAGGCAGUGGAUCAGAAGUCGUGGGGAACAAAAACUAAAAGGGGCCAAUUCGUGCUCAAGGACCUGGGUGACGAAGUCCACUCCAUCCUGCAAAACGCGGAUGCUGUCAAGGAUAAUGCCAGCGCAUCGAAUGGCCUUGUAGGAUCCAGUUUAGGUGCUAUCAGUGGUCUUUUCCGAAACAUUGUUGGUGGUAAAGUUUUGACCAAAGCAGACCUGGAUAAACCUCUCAAGGCCAUGGAGGAACACUUGCUGAAAAAGAACGUUGCCCGCGAGGCAGCGGUUCGUUUAUGCGAAGGCGUUGUACACGAAUUGGUGGGCAAAAAGACAGCCAGCUUCCAAAGUAUCGAUUCUGCGCUUCGAUCCGCGAUGGAAUCAUCCCUGCGCAAAAUCCUCACACCAACAUCAUCCUUGGAUCUUCUUCGUGAAAUUGAAGCCGUUACUUCGCCGUCAAGCUCACAAAGGCAGCGCCGCCCAUAUGUCAUCUCAAUUGUCGGAGUAAACGGAGUGGGAAAAUCCACCAACCUUAGCAAAAUAUGCUUCUUUUUGCUUCAGAAUAACUAUCGUGUCCUUAUCACGGCGUGCGACACCUUCCGCUCCGGCGCCGUCGAACAACUGCGCGUGCAUGCACGCAACCUGCAAGAAUUAAGUUCCCGAGAAAACGUUGGACAUGUGGGGUUAUACCAAAAGGGGUACGGCAAGGAUGCGGCGAACGUCGCAAAGGAUGCAGUAGCCUACGCUACCGCGAACAGCUUUGACGUUGUGCUAAUCGAUACAGCUGGCCGUCGACAUAACGACCAGCGCCUCAUGUCUUCGCUGGAGAAGUUCGCAAAGUUUGCGCAGCCUGAUAAAAUCUUCAUGGUGGGUGAAGCUCUCGUUGGCACCGAUAGCGUCAUGCAAGCUCGCAAUUUUAACCAGGCGUUUGGGGCUGGCCGGGGACUUGACGGAUUCAUAAUCAGCAAAUGUGAUACGGUGGGUGACAUGGUCGGCACGCUUGUCAGCAUGGUUCAUGCCACGGGCAUCCCUAUUGUUUUCCUAGGUAUCGGACAGCAUUAUGGUGAUCUGAGAGGAUUAAGUGUCUCUUGGGCAGUGGGGCUCCUGAUGAAGUAG